CAUCAUCAUCCAUCAGAGAACUUGAAUUGUCGUCAUUUCCCAUUUCGUUUGUAUUUACUCUGCUGUGCCACUUCCAAGAGCGUACCCCUACUGCUAUUACUGCUGGCCUUUUCUUACCCGUUUACCUGUUCCAAUCGGUAGUCUCUCAGCAGCAACACACUUCGAUGGAGAUGAUCACUCCGCUUUGGCUUUAGAUCGUCGUCGGGUCGUUUUUCUUUAUUAUUUUUUUUUUUGUUGGCGUGUAUUGUUUUUUUUUUCUUCAUUUUAGUAUUAUUUCUUUCUCGUCGCUUUGAUUUUUUAGCUUGUUUUAAAGUUCUUCUUGUAUUGGAAAGAAAGAAAAAAAUAUUUUGCAGUACCCAACAUUUAUAUCGCGCGUGUAUCUAUUUUAUUUAUUUGGCUGGCUGUUUACGCAUUUGAUUCCCACACACAAUAUAUAAAUGCAUAAAGCUCCAAACGAAGGUCACGCAAAAUGACAAAGAACUAGAUAUAUAUCGCCCCAUAAACAACAAGUUAUUAUAUUUAAUUUUCCUACAAUAUUUAUUCAGUGAUUCAUUCCAAGAAAAGAUAACCGACAUUUUGAAAUAAAUGGAAAAAAGCAAAAAAAUGAAUAAAAUAAAACAGAGUACUGCAUCUUGGUUGGCUGAAUAGAAAGAAGCUUGAAUUCUUGCUAUAUACAAAGAUAGAAGAAGAAAUAAAAAGAGUUCCCCCUGAAAAAGAAAGGAAAAAUCCCAAGAACAAAAAAAAAACUCCCUUUUUAAGUUGAUUUUUUGUAAUUUUUCUUAUUAUUUGUAUACUUUACCUACUUGUUGCACAUUUUGGUUUUUUUGUUUUUGUUACAACGCAUUUAUGUAUAGACACUUGUAUAGUAUACACGAUUUUUUUUUUACUUUGCACAUGAUGCAUGCAACAUCGCGACUUGGCGACAUAUUUUCACUUUUUAAUCUCUUGACACACUAAACGGGGAAAAAUCAUAUAUGCGACGACGACAACGAGAUUGAGAAACAAAUCACAUAAAAAAAAAGAAAAUUUUACUGAAAUUAUCACAAAAAAAAAAAAAAAAAAACAAGAAAAACAACUUAAUUUCCCUUCUUUAGCAAAAAGUAAAAAUCUUUAUAAAAAGAAAAGAAAGGGGGAGUGGCAGAGGCAGCAGCACAUAAAUAUUCCACUUGUUACACAUUUUAUUUUUUAUCAAAUUCUGCACAAAAUUUCACAGAAAUAAGCGUAGCUUUUUGAAAUAAUCAAAAAUGAUAAAAUUAAAAUCGUUGUUUCGUAGAGGGCAAGGUCCUUCUGGAUCAAAACGAAGUGGCGGCGGAGGAGCUGCAUCAUCCUCCUCGAGUCUAGACCAAGAUAGUUUACCCACAUCACAACAGACAAGUAGAAAGAAACAGACUAACGAAUUGGUUGACUAUGCUGGGAAGCCUGAUAACGCUGGAUACAAUUAUAACUACAAGGAUAAUCAGAAUAACUAUCGGACUACUAAUACUGGUAGUGGUGGAAGGAAGAAGAACAAUAACAACAACGCCCAGGUAUCGAAUGUAAUGCCUCCAGUUGUUGCAGCAUCAGGAGUAGCAGCAGCAGUACAACCACAAUCCCAAUCAACUUCAGCAGCAAAUGUUACACCAACAACAACAACGACAGCUAAUAACAAUUUAAAUAAUGUAGAUGCUAAUGAGUGGAACAAGGACUACAAGUUAAAUAACUAUUUGGCAGCUGGAAACGAUCAUUUAGAGGCUAACAUGAUGCAAGAACUUCAGACACAGCUUGAGAGGCUGGGAAGAGAAAAUAUAUUAUUGGAAGCUAAAAUAAAUGAACUGAUGCCGUAUCAAAGUGAAGUAGUAAAGCUACGAAAUGAGCUACUUAGAAUGCAGAACUUGCACGAGAAGAGCAACAUGGAAAUCCAAAAGCUUAAAUAUGAAAAUGAAUCUUUACGUAAUCGCUUGCGGGACGUCGUCAACUCACCCCUGUCCGAUGCUGAGAAGCAUCAGAUAAUUCAAGAUUCUCAGCGGUUGCACAGUUCCGCACCAGCAUCUAUUGCGUUGCCCAACGCCAAUGAAAAUGAUGGAACGCCGUGCGUUACACCAGAUUGGGACAAGAAUUCAUCUUCCAGUGAAAUAUCAGUAGCCUGUUUGCAGGAUAAAAUAAUUCAGAUGGAGGAAACGCAUUACUCGACGAAUGAGGAGCUGCAGGCAACUAUUCAAGAGCUUGCAGAUCUACAGACUCAACUAACUGAACUACAAUCAGAUAACGAGCGUCUUGCGGAUGAGAAAGAUGUACUUUUCCAAUCGCUCUGUCGGCAGACGGAAAAACUCAAAGACUCCCGCACUCAAAUCACGACUCUGCAAGAGCUGCUUCUACGUGAAUCCAAUCAGGUUGAGGUUGGCACUAGUGAACGGGAAAAGAAGCUCUUGGAUUUAAUCAAAAACUCGCAGGAAGAACGAGAAACAAUCUUGCUCAAGCAGGAAGAAAUGAAUUCCGAACUAAAUGAGCUACGCCAGUCAGUUGAGUGCGCUAGCAAUGACAAUAGUCGUUUUAGGGAACGCAUCUGUUUGCUCGACUCGACUGUUGACGCUGCAAAUGCCGAACGGAAGCAAACCGAAAGUGAACUACAACAAGCCAAAGAGGAAUCUUCACAGAAGAGUAUAGAAAUAAGCCGGCUAACAACUUUGCUGGAAAAUGCCCGAGCCAAAAUCGAAGAACUUGAACAGGAUUUGGCACGUGGUGAGAAGACUGAUUUAACUGAUCUGCUAGAUGCGGCCCGCAAGGAGAAAGAUCAGUUAGAGGUGAAAGUAGCCUCAUUGCAAGAGCAAUUGUCCCGUAGUCAGAAUGAGAUAAGAAAACUAAAAGAUCAGCUGCUGGGUCUUACUGAAGAAUGUAAAGUCGCCAAGAAUAAUGCAAAGUGUGCAUUGUCUCAUUUGGAGUAUCGCUAUGAAACGCUUCAACAAGAGAAGGACAAAUUACAUUCGGAAUACCAACAGUUGCAGGACAAUACGGCGGAACUACAAGUGCAAUGCAAAUGUCAUCUAGAAGAUAAGGCACAGUUGCAAAAUCUUCUUGGUGAAACACAAAAGCACUUGGACGAUGCUGAGAGAAAACUUGGCGAAAAGGAUGAACAACUGCAGAAAGAGACUAAAUUGAGAAAACAAGAGGCUGAAGAAUGGCAGCAGUUCCAAUCGGAUUUGUUAAUGACUGUUCGAGUGGCAAAUGAUUUUAAGACUGAAGCGUUAUGUGCGCGUGAACAAUUGGUUUUGGAUAAUAAAACACAACGUGAGAAAAUACGAAUGCUAGAGCAACAAGUUGAGAAAUUAAACAAACAAAUUUCAUCGGCAGAUACAACACAACAGUCACUCUUGACAACUGUUCAACAGGAAAUGGCUUCGCGACGUAGUAAAAUCUCAUUAUCGAAGCAAGAUUCUAGGUUGUCGGUAAAGACGCUGAUUGAAACUAUCGAGAAUAAUAAACAAACCAAAUCCGAAGAAUCUGAAUCCCGCUAUAGCUCUAAUUCGAGUCUUAACAGUGGAACCUCAGAGCUAACACAUGGGACAAACCCUAACAUUCCAUCUGACUGGUCAGAAAAUGUUCGAAUACAAACAACGACUGGUCUAAGUGCGACAACUACAAUCACGACAACUGCACCGACUCCUACAAACACAACCACAAGCAGCAGUGCCAAAGGACCGCUGCGAGAACAGCCUCAACCAACCAUUGUACCAAGCAGUAUGCAUUUUCAUAGUAUUAACAAUGUCUCAAAGUCGUCGCUACAAAGUGCUGGUGUUGGUGGGGUUGGCAACGGCAGUGCAAGUGUUGAAAAGAAAGACCAAUUUAUUAUUUCAAGAACAGAGAGUAGCAGUCGGUUUCUCACGGCUUGCGAACGAAAGGAUCCAUUAAAUAUGCUCGUCAAGAAUGGUGGUUCGAAGAGAAAUGCUCUACUUAAGUGGUGUCAAAAUAAGACAGUGGGCUAUCGAAAUAUUGACAUUACGAAUUUUAGUUCGUCAUGGAAUGAUGGGUUGGCAUUUUGUGCAAUUUUACAUUCCUACUUGCCGGAUAAGAUACCAUAUGAUACGCUGAGUCAAGCAAAUAAGCGGAGGAAUUUUUCUUUGGCAUUUGGUGCUGCGGAAUCGGUUGGAAUUCCUACAACUUUGAAUAUAAAUGACAUGUGUCAAAUUGAACGACCCGACUGGACACAAGUUAUGAGUUAUGUAACGGCAAUCUACAAGCAUUUCGAGACCUAGAAAUCCUCCAUUUGUUAAAAGCACUUUUAACAACCAAGUUAAGUGCGAUUCAAAAGAAGAAGAAAAAACAAAAAAAAGGAAUAACAAAUUACAUUAGAUAACCAUUAUUUUAUUAUUAUCUUUAAUUUUAUUUUUGUAUAUAUUACUCUUAUGACUGUGUCUUAUUUAUUUGCUAAGGAAAAACAAAUUUUAUAUAAUAUAUACACGAGAUAUAGAUUUGAAGAAGAAGAAUAGUUUAUUAAAAAAAAAAACACAUUGCUUUCGCAUUAUAUUACCUAUACUAAAAAAAAGAACAACAACAACACACAGGAACAAUAUUACACGCUAUAUAAAUUUUUAAUAAGAAAA